ACGUUACCGACCAUACUCGGCCAUCUCUACCAAGCUGACCUAACCUCUGGGUCGUCGGUGAACUGUGAUGAAAGCGAUACAUGUUCAUCAAGAUUUCUAACAAUUGAAAGAUGGCUACUGUGAAAUUCGGGAAACACCUAAAAGAGCUGAGAAUCCUACUGUGCCAAACGUCUAAAUCUAGCCAAGGCGUUAGAGACUUCAUCGAGCAACAGUAUGUAUCGUUGAAGAAAAACAAUCCGACGUUUCCCGUCUUGAUCAGAGAAUGCUCGUCGAUCGAGCCGAAACUGUACGCGCGUUACGAGUACGGUGUAGAACGUUGCGUGACCUUGUCGAAUCUAAGAUCCGAGGAUGUGUUUGGGAGGAUUCUAGAGUUAGCAUCCCAAAAAUAGAUGAUAAAUUAUUGUGUCAAUAAAUAUGUAUCAUAUUGUGUGUAUAGUGUUUUAAUAAAAUAGUUGCGUCGAAA